AGCUUUUUGAACCUGUGUGACACUGUUUACUUAAAAAAUCCAUCAUUCAUUUCUUGUUCCUAUGUGGCUUGAGAGAAACGCUAGGAACAAAUUUUUCUUAAGUAACUCAAAGAACAAUUUACUAAAGAAGAAUGUUCAUCAGAUUGAUCAAGGUAACUGUAUGAAUGAAAAAUUAACACAGAAUACAAAAGCAUCUGACCAAAGUAAGAAGACAGUGCAAAACAGGAGACAGAGACAUAGGUCAUGUACCCCAGUAAAUUUAUCCACAAAUUUUCAAUUCCAUAAAUCUAACGAAGUUUGUGCACUAAAACAUCUAAACCAGAUUCGUGAAUUAAACGUUGGUCCAGAUGACCGUAAAAAACGAUCUAUGAGUAAUUUUUCUCAACAACUCUCAACUCAACAAAUCAAUAAAUCGAAUAGAUCAAAAAGCAUCGCAUCGAUCAAUACACGUAAAAGCGAAUUCUUAAGUAAUGAGGAAGAUAGAGCACUAUUCGCGAAGCAAAGAUCUAUAAUAUAUCAGUUAAAUGAAAUUAUGAGAAAAUCAGAAAUAGCCAAUUACGAAGCUUUCAUGAACUUAAACCAUACAAAUUGAUUAUGCUAAUAGGAAAGGAUGAAUAUAUGCAGCAUUAACACAG